AUAGCGAGAUUCACUAAGAUUAUUGAUUAGUCUUUUCGAAUCUCGAUAUCCUAUCGAUUUAAGACCUUCAAAAUUUGGUUGCGUUGUAUAGUUUCAUAUCACGACUUUUAUUUGUCGAAUCAAUGAUGGAUGAUUGAACCGCCUGAACACAGCAUCAAAUCCAAUACACGGCUGAGUCUGAGCUGAUGGCCAUUCCUUGAGCAUACAUGCGUAUAAUUCUACAGUAAGCCAAAACCAUGUAAUAUGAGAUCAAGUAUCCGAAGAUGACUGCAUGAAAGGAAGCGGCAUAUGUGUAACAUCAGAAUUUUACCAUGUUAUAUUAUACUUGCUGCUGACUACCGGACCGGUAUCCUACGGAUUGCUGACUUGGAGCUGUCUUCAUACCUAUCUUCACUCCAUCCUAUUCUUACUGCAAAUAUACGUCUGCUAUGGCUGAUUCAAUCGAUCUGUCUGCCAGUAGGCAAGCCAAUUUAUACGCAGCAGACAUUAUCACAUUUUUCGCAGCUGUAGUGGCUGUGGGACUUCGCAUUUGGUCGCGGCGAGUUGCUGGUGCUGGUUUGUGGUUGGAUGAUAUUUUCAUUUGCAUAGCACUGGUUGGCGGUGUUGCGAUGAUGAUUAAUUUUUGUUGGUGGAUACCAAACGGAUUUGGAAAACAUAUGGAGGCAUUUGGCCCUAAAGCGGAAUAUAGUUUCUUCUUGGGGUUCUUCAUGGCUGAAAUUAUAUACACCGUCAUCAUCGUCUUUGUCAAAUAUUCUAUCUUGGCCUUGUACUGGCGAGUCUUUCGAAGCACCAGUAUCAAGUGGCCAGUAGCAAUACUAGCGGCGAUUGUCACAUCUUGGGGAAUUGCAGUUCUUUUUCUCUCCAUUUUCACUUGUGUGCCUCCCAAAGGCUUCUGGGAUAAAGACAUACAUGCUUCUUGCAACGUCAAUAGCCAACAGUUCUUGAUUGGUAUUUCGGUUCCUAAUAUCCUUACGGAUGUUGCUUUGCUUUUAUUACCAAUCCCAUACGUUCUGCGAUUGAAUACUGCCUGGUCUCAAAAACGACUCUUGAUGGGCACGUUCCUACUUGGAGGAUUCGUCUGUAUAGCAUCAAUUAUGAGGUUGAUCAGUGUUUGGCAGCAGAACUCGGUUUCGGAUUUUAGCUGGAACUGGGUGAACCAGGGGAUAUGGGCGGUGGUGGAGAGUAAUUUUGCAAUAGUAUCAGCUUGUCUUCCGACCCUGCGCAUCGUAUGGGUGUGUAUGUUCAGGCGCAAGAAGAACGUAACAUCACCACCAUCUUCGGACAGACCAGCAAUUUGGACAAUCGGAUCGGGUCCCAGAAAACAAAAUCGCAAGAGAAAAGGAGAGUUUACUCUCGGGGAAUCAAUGUCGACGGACUCAACGCACCCGUUCACAAGCUUACAUGAUGCUGAGGAAGGCAAUAUCUCGGCUGAUAAGGUGCAUGUACGUUCAAGCAUAGAGGUACACUCAGAAAGGGACACUAUGAGUUCCCCUUAUCGGGAGAACUUCAAUAUGGUUCCUUUGAAACGUGGAUCAGAACCGUCGGAGAGAUAAGCUCCUUCUCUUGCUUCAGGAAUUUCAAACAAAUUCAUUUCGAUUCAAAGCACACGCGUCUUUAGACCAAACGUUUUUCCAUCAAUAUAACUUCCAUAUGUCUGCUCCUUUCCUGCUCUUACUAUUCGAGUUAGAUCCUCAAUAUUCUGUACGCCAUCCAACAAGUGCAUGUAUGGCAGGUAAUCAUUUUGUCAAGCAGCAGCAUGUAUUUGUCGCAACUUUUUUCAAUACUCAAUUUGUUAUCAGCGCAACGAUAUUUUGGCAGCAACAUCAAACUAGUGUAUACAACCCCAAAAAAUAUUGAUAAAGACGCUCUGCGGCCUCAGAGCUUGCUAGGAUUUUGUAGUAGGGCUUGUUUCCAACUGAGUUGAUUUGAUUAGAGUAUAGUUGGCUCGAACAACACUCUGUCUGGUAACAAGUGAUGGAGGAGACAAACUAUCUCCCAUAGUCUAAAUUCUGAUAGCUCUAUCGAAUUCUUGUUUAGCAGAUCAUGCCACGCAGGAAGCGAGUCCAUUUAGGCUAAAGAAUAGGGAGCGGUCCAGAAAGUGGGGCGGUUCGCGUCAAGGAAUAAAAGCUUUGUACUUCUGUGUUAGUUUAAACAUUCAACGACCUUUCAGAGUACGCAAGAAAGAAUUUGAAUUUGAAGACUAAAAGUCGCACAAAGAUUCCGUG